AUGCCACAGACACUCGGUCGUGUAUGGCGAAUUGUCUCAAGGCUUUUGCUCUCCUUGUUGACUGAUACCGCCUAUUUCUGGGCUCUUGCAGCUUUAGUAAUUUUCGGAGAUGCCUUAUUGACACAACUCAUCAUUCGCUUCGUUCCAUACACAGAGAUUGACUGGGAGACAUACAUCUACCAGCUCGAGCUGUACCUGAAAGGUGAACGAGACUACGCAUUGAUUUCCGGCCCAACUGGUCCUAUCGUAUACCCCGCCGGGCACAUAUACGUUCAUCGGCUCCUCUAUGGCUUGACGAAUUUUGGAAAUAAUCUUCAUACUGCUCAGCAGAUAUAUGGCUUCAUCUAUAUGGUGCACCUCGCUCUCACCUGUGCCAUAUACCGCAAGGCAGGUGGGGUGCCGAACUGGGUGCUGCUGUUGCUCCCUCUCAGCAAGAGGCUCCAUUCUAUCUUUGUACUGAGGCUCUUCAAUGACUGCUGGAUGGUAGUUGCAGUUGACACUGCAAUAUUGGCGUAUCAGUAUGGCGCAAAUGUUCUCGGGACGCUACUGCUAGGCUGUGCGUUGUCAGUGAAAAUGUCCGCGCUUUUAUACCUGCCUGGACUAUUGGUGGUUUUAUUCAAACGGCAAGGAUUGUUGUUAACUCUGCUACAUGUUGUCGGCAUUGGCUUGGUGCAGGCUGUUGUGGGCCAUGAGUUCCUCCUCCAUGCACCAGGCUCGUAUCUCAAGUCGUCAUAUGAGUUCUCGCGUGUGUUCCUUUACAAAUGGACAGUCAACUGGAGAUUCGUCGGGGAAGACGUGUUCCUGAGCUCCUCUUGGGCAGGGUGCCUCCUUUUGGGCCACCUCACAGUUCUCACCGCGUUUGGGUUUUGCAAAUGGUGUAGGCGUGAUGGUGGGGUGUGGGUGGUACUUAGCGAAGGAUUUAGUCAUCCAAACCGGGCACCGCAGGUGAGACCUGUCACAGCAGAUUUCGUGGCAACCGUUCUCAUGACGUCCAACUUGGUUGGCAUACUAUUUGCUCGAUCGCUGCACUAUCAAUUCUAUUCGUGGUACGCUCUCCAACUGCCUCUCUUGGCAUGGAGGUCGACAUAUCCUGUCGUCAUCAAACUCGUACUCCUGGCGGUCAUCGAGUAUGCAUGGAAUGUAUUUCCGUCGACUUCAGUAUCCUCUGGUAUGUUGUGUAUAGCGAAUGCUGCACUGUUGGCGGGAACUUGGUUCGGGUAUCCUGAAGGGAAGCUUUCUCAGAUACCAACCAAGUCUGAGUGA